GGCAUCCAGUUGGAACUUGAAUGACUGUAUUGCUUGGAAUACGCCGCGGUGAUGCAACACCACCACCGAGUCGAUGUAGUCGUGUAACUGCUGAUCAAACAUCGGUUAGGCGUUCAAUCACCGUUCACGCGUGGAAAAUCCAUUGCCCGCCGCUGGCAACAACACCCGCGCGUUUGCUCGUGAGUCGUGUUCAGCUCGGGCAGCCGUCGCCGACACUGAUGGUCGCCUUCGCCCGUGGUGGUCAGUUAACAUGAUCAAGAGGUCCAACGCCAAAGAGAUGUUCAUCAUACGCGCGUUGGAGAAGAUACUUGGCGACAAGGACAUUAAAAAGUCCUAUCACGCAGAGUUACGAAAGGAAUGCGAAGCCGCCUUGCAGAGUAUAAAAUCUGAAUGUCGAGCCGAGGAGAAGACAGAUGCUUCGUCCGCUCUGCCUCUGCCCAAGGAUGGCAGUUCAGCCAUCUCAGCAGAAAAAUACUUUAGGCCAUUCGAAUUGGCCUGCCAAAGCAAAUCGCCCAGAAUCGUGGUUACAUCAUUAGAUUGUUUACAAAAACUCAUUGCCUAUGGUCAUUUGACAGGAAAUUGCACCAAUGACUCUGGAAAGCCACUCAUUGAUAAAAUUGUCGAAACAAUCUGUGACUGUUUUACAGGACAACAGACUGACGAAGGCAUUUUAUUGCAAAUCAUUAAAGCACUUUUAACUGUAGUUACUAGCCAACAUGUUGAAGUACAUGAAGCCACAAUUUUAAAAGCGGUUAAAACGUGUUACAAUAUCUAUCUAGCUAGUAGAAACUUAGUGAACCAGACAACAGCUCGUGCGACUCUAACUCAAAUGUUGAAUGUGAUCUUUACACGCAUGGAAAUGCAAGCAAUGGAGGCAGAAGUUCCUAGAGAUGAGCCAGAAAUUGUUGAGUCAUGUAAAGCUGAUGAAACAGUUCAUAGUGAUGACUCGAGUAAUCUAGAAGUGAUAGAUGAAAGUAUUAUUUUUGAUAUUGUUAAUGAAAUAUGUGAUUCUGCUAUACAAAGUUUUGACUGUGAUAUAAAAACUAAGGAAUUAGCACAAGAUAUUGUAAGAUCUAUGUCUGAAGAGAGUUUGGAAACUCCAAAUGAAACUGAAUGUAAAACUGUAACAGCUUUUAAUCAUAUAUUACAAAAGGAUGCUUUUCUUGUUUUUCGAUCUUUAUGUAAGCUAUCAAUGAAACCUUUGCCAGAAGGAACACCAGACCCCAAGUCCCAUGAAUUACGUUCAAAAAUCCUAUCUUUACACCUUUUACUAUCAAUUCUACAAAAUGCUGGACCUGUAUUUCGUACUAAUCCAAUGUUUAUCACGGCAAUUAAACAAUUUUUAUGUGUAGCGUUAUCAAAUAAUGGUACUUCAUCAGUACCUGAAGUCUUUGAACUUUCACUUGCAAUAUUUUUGUCAUUAUUAUCACGUUUUAAAACUCAUUUGAAAAUGCAAAUUGAGGUAUUUUUUAAAGAAAUAUUUUUGAAUAUAUUGGAAACUUCUAGUUCAACUUUUGAACACAAAUGGAUGGUUAUUCAAGCAUUAACGCGCAUUUGUGCUGAUGCUCAAAGUGUUGUUGAUAUGUAUGUCAAUUAUGAUUGUGAUUUAUCAGCGGCUAACCUUUUUCAAAGAUUGGUUGAUGACCUUUUUAAAAUAGCACAAGGUCGCCAAGCUGUAGAAUUAGGUGCAACACCAAACCAAGAAAAAUCUAUGCGUAUUCGUGGACUUGAAUGUUUGGUGUCUAUACUAAAAUGCAUGGUAGAAUGGAGCAAAGAUUUAUAUGUUAAUCCUAAUUCCCAGACCAAUCUUGGUCCUGAAAAAAAUGUACGUGAAUAUGAUACAAAUGAAGCUACUGUUACUCAUGACAGUCUUAAUUCAUUUGAUGGUAGUGAAUCCAGUUUGACAUCAAAUAGUUCUGGUAAUAAAGAAGCUCCAGAUGUACCCCAACAGUUACAAGUGCUUAAGCAUCAAAAAGAAGUCUGGGAGACUGGCAUACUUAUGUUUAAUCGUAAGCCUAAACAUGGUAUAAAUUUCCUCCAAGAACAGAAACUUCUUGGUACUAGCCCAUCGGAUGUUGCAGAAUGGUUUCAUGUCGAUGAAAGGCUAGAUAAAACUGCUAUUGGAGAUUUCCUUGGAGAAAAUGAAGAUUUUAAUAAAGAGGUUAUGUACAAUUUUGUAGAUCAAAUUAAUUUUGCUGGUAAAGAUGUUGUUUCAGCAUUGCGAUUUUUUCUCGAUGGAUUUCGUUUGCCUGGUGAAGCUCAAAAAAUCGAUAGGCUAUUAGAAAAAUUUGCUAGUAGAUGGUUUGAGUGCAAUCCAAACAAUGGACUCUUUGAUAGUGCUGAUACAUUGUAUGUGCUCUCUUACUCAAUUAUUAUGUUAACUACUGACCUACAUUCACCACAAGUCAAAACAAAAAUGACUAAGGAGCAAUAUAUAAAAAUGAAUAGAGGUAGUUGUAUAUCAGAUAAUAAGGAUUUACCUGAAGAAUAUUUGAGUAAGAUAUAUGAUGAUAUUGCUGGUCAUGAAAUUAAAAUGAAAACUACUGUAAAACCUGGAAAACAAUCAAUACCAAAUGAAAAGAGACGUAAAAUAUUAUGGAACAUGGAAAUGGAAUCAAUAGCAAUAGCGGCUAAAAAUCUUAUGGAAUCAGUUAGUCAUGUUCGAGCUCCAUUUACUGAGGCUAAGCAUUUGGAACAUGUUAAACCAAUGUUUAAGAUGACAUGGACCACGUUUUUAGCAGCAUUCAGUGUUGGCUUACAAGAUUGUGAUGAUUUAGAAAUAGCUAUGUUAUGUUUGGAUGGCAUUCGUUGUGCUAUUAGAAUUGCUUGUAUUUUUCACAUGAGUUUGGAAAGAGAUGCUUACGUUCAAGCAUUAGCACGAUUUACUCUAUUAACUGCAAAUUCGCCUGUGACUGAAAUGAAAGCUAAGAAUAUUGAAACAAUAAAAACUUUAAUAACUGUUGCAUAUACCGAUGGAAAUUAUCUUGGCACUUCUUGGCUUGAUAUAAUGAAGUGUAUAUCACAAUUAGAACUUGCUCAAAUGGUGGGCACUGGAGUUAGACCACAAUUUCUAUCUCAAGUUAUUAGCAAAACUUAUCCGCCUAUUGAAGCCCUUAGUCAAAAAUUAAAUUUUACUACAUUGGAUUCUAGUGGAAAAGGAUCAAUAGGAGAAACAAGUAGUCAAAGUGUUGUAGUUGCUGUAGAUCGUAUAUUUACUGGUUCUACAGGACUUGAUGGUGAAGCUAUUGUUGAGUUUGUUAAAGCAUUAUGUCAAGUUUCUAUUAAUGAAUUAGCCAAUUCAACACAUCCUCGUAUGUUUAGUUUACAAAAAAUUGUAGAAAUUUCUUAUUACAAUAUGGGUCGUAUUCGACUGCAGUGGUCACGUAUGUGGCAAGUACUUGGUGAACACUUUAACCGUGUUGGUUGUUAUCCAAACGAAGACAUUGCUACUUUUGCUCUUGACUCAUUACGUCAGUUAUCGAUGAAGUUUAUUGAAAAAGGAGAGUUUGCAAAUUUUAAAUUUCAAAAAGAUUUCUUGCGGCCUUUUGAAAUUAUUAUGAAAAAGAAUCAUUCCCCGACCAUAAGGGAUAUGGUAGUUAGAUGCAUUACUCAGAUGGUCAAUUCACAAGCAGCAAACAUUAGAUCUGGAUGGAAGAAUAUAUUUGGUGUGUUUCACUUAGCGGCUUCUGACCAUGAUGGAGCUAUUGUUGAUAUGUCAUUUCGAACUACACAACAUGUGAUCAACUUAUUUUACAAACAAAACUGUAUAAUUAUGAUGGAAUCAUUCCAAGAUGCUGUAAAAUGUUUGUCUGAAUUUGCAUGUAAUGUCAGUUUUCCAGAAAUUAGCAUGGAAGCAAUACAUUUAUUACGUACCUGUGCUGAUUGUGUUCAUGAUAAACCUCACAUAUUUGCUGAACAUUUUUCUGAAGAAUCUUCUUCUGUUGAUGAAGAUGGUGUAUGGGUACGAGGAUGGUUCCCAUUGUUGUUUGAAUUAUCAUGUAUUGUUAGUCGAUGUAAAUUAGACAUUCGAACCCGUGCCUUAACUGUUCUAUUUGAACUUAUUAAAACACAUGGUACUGUAUUUAAAUUGAAUUGGUGGAAAGAUCUUUUCAAUGUUCUUUUCCGUAUAUUUGAUAAUGUAAAACAUCAAGAGCAUAGUGUUGAAAGAAUUGAAUGGAUGACUAUCACAUGCAAUCAUGCACUAACAUCAAUUGUUGAUGUUUUUACUCAAUAUUUUGACAUUUUGUGUCCAAUAUUACUACAAGAUUUAUAUGCUCAACUCCAAUGGUGUAUUCAACAAGACAAUGGUCAAUUAGCUCAAUCAAGUACAUACUGUUUGGAAAAUUUGAUUACAUCCAAUGGAUCAAAAUUUGAUAAGGUGAACUGGGAUUGUACUUGUCAGACAAUAGUGUCAAUGUUUGACAGUAUGAUGCCGAAACCAUUACAUGAACAGAGUUCACGGUCUGAGUUUGUUAAACCUGAUGUCUUAAUAACUGCAAAAUGUGUGAUACGCCUUGAGCUAAUUCGUACUGUGGAUAAUAUUGUUUUUUUUCCUUCUACAUCACGUAAAGAGGAUCAAGAGUAUUUGGCAUUAGCUCAAAAUGCUACUAUCAAUCAAAACACAGAUAUAUUGGAACAGCAACAAGAAGAGCAGGGAAUGUACAGUAACUUGAGUUCGGAACAUUUGUUUAUGUUAACUGAUUGUCUCUUGCGUGUUCACAAUUAUACAAAACAAUAUAAUUAUGCUAUAUUGCAAAACAUUCCACAGCGAAGUUACAUUAAUGAUGACAUAUCAAAUAUGUUGACACAAGAAACCCAAAGUGUAGCUUGUGUAUUGAGAAUAGCGUUGAAAGCUAUAUGUGAUGAAUCACGACGUGUUCAUUGGGCACAUGCACAAAAUGUUGCUAGUAAUGUUAUAAAUGAUUCACUUCAGUAUUAUUUAUCAUUGAAUAAUCCAUACCAUCAAACUUCGUGGAAUCCUAUUUUAUUGCUCAUAUUUACAAAACUGUACAAGUUACCAGAAGACAAAUUUGCUGUACAAUCUUCACAACACUAUUCUCUGUUGUGUGAAAUGAUCAGUAUUGAUCUCAAGCCUGAACUGAAAACAGUUCUUAGCUGGAUAUUUUCACGCAUUGGACCAGUUUUUAAAAUCACGUAACAAUGUUAUUCGCAAAUUUAUUAUAUAUUUUUAUAAUGUUUAUUAUUAAAAUGUGGUUAUUUCUCACUAACUUAAAAUGGUAUUGCAACACAAAGAUUAUGAUCAUUAGAGCAACUCAACUGCUGAUUGCACACACCUAUUAUUUACAAUUAUUCAAAUAAAAAGAGGGAAACCAGUAGAGGUUUUUUUUAUUUAACUUAUUAUUUUUUUGGU